UGCCUGCCGGUGCGGGCGGAUCCCGGCGGGCCCGGUGACGUGUCUGCGCCACCAGCAGGCCGGCCCGGCUCUGCCGGCCUGGGUGAGAGAAGAAGAAAGGCCGCGAGGAGCAGAAGCCCGUCAGGCGGCCUCCACCUCAGGAGCUGCUCCGCUGCCGCCGCCGCCCGAAGACGCGCGUUGCCUGCGCCAUGUUCAACGUGGAGAGCCUCGAGCGGGCCGAGCUGGGCGAGAGCUUGCUCACCUGGAUCCAGACAUUCAAAGUUGAAGCACCGUGCCAGACUGUAGAAGAUUUAACCAGUGGAGUGGUGAUGGCCCAAGUACUUCAAAAAAUAGAUCCAGCGUAUUUCGAUGAAAACUGGUUAAACAGAAUCAAACCAGAAGUAGGAGACAAUUGGAGAUUGAAGACAAGCAAUCUGAAGAAAAUUUUAAAAGGAAUUUUGGAUUACAAUCAUGAGAUUUUGGGGCAGCAAAUCAAUGAUUUUACCCUUCCUGAUGUUAACUUGAUUGGGGAGCAUUCAGAUGCCGCUGAGCUUGGAAGAAUGCUUCAGCUCAUUUUGGGAUGUGCUGUAAACUGCGAGCAAAAGCAAGAAUAUAUCCAGACCAUCAUGAUGAUGGAGGAGUCUGUUCAACAUGUAGUCAUGACAGCCAUCCAAGAGUUGAUGAGUAAAGAAUCUCCAGUCUCUGCUGGAAAUGAUGCUUACGUUGAUCUUGAUCGCCAGCUGAAGAAAACUACAGAAGAAUUAAACGAUGCCUUAGCAACCAAAGAAGAAAUUGCCCAGAGAUGCCAUGAACUGGAUAUGCAGGUUGCUGCGCUGCAAGAGGAGAAAAGUAGUUUGCUUGCUGAAAAUCAGAUCUUGAUGGAACGCUUGAAUCAGUCAGAUUCCAUAGAAGACCCCAAUAGCCCAGCAGGACGUAGACACUUGCAACUACAGACGCAGUUAGAACAGCUCCAAGAAGAAACCUUCCGAUUAGAAGCAGCAAAGGACGAUUAUCGAAUUCGUUGCGAAGAGUUAGAGAAGGAAAUUGCAGAGUUGCGACAACAGAAUGAAGAAUUAACAAAUCUUGCCGAUGAAGCUCAGUCUUUGAAGGAUGAGAUGGAUGUCCUAAGGCAUUCCUCUGACAAAGUCGCCAAGUUAGAAAGCCAGGUAGAAUCCUAUAAAAAGAAACUGGAGGACCUUGGGGAUCUUCGGCGACAGGUGAAACUCCUGGAGGAGAAGAACACAAUGUACAUGCAAAACACUGUAAGCUUGGAAGAAGAGCUGAGGAAGGCUAACUCAGCCCGGAGUCAACUGGAAACGUAUAAGAGACAGGCAGUUGAAUUCCAGAAUAGAUUGUCUGAAGAAUCCAAGAAGGCAGACAAGUUAGAAUUUGAGUUCAAGAUGCUGAAAGAAAAAGUAGACAGUCUACAAAAAGAAAAAGAUCGGUUAAGGACGGAGAGAGACUCCCUAAAAGAAACGAUUGAAGAAAUUAGAUGUGUACAAGCGCAAGAGGGGCAGCUUACCACUUCAGGAUUAUUGUCAUUGGAAGGUCAGGAGUCUUCAGAUAGUUUAGCAGCGGAAAUCAUUACCCCUGAAAUCAAGGAAAAACUCAUUCGCCUUCAGCAUGAAAACAAAGUGCUGAAACUUAACCAGGAAGGGUCUGAUAAUGAAAAGAUUGCCCUGUUGCAAAGUCUCCUGGAUGAUGCCAAUCUCCGGAAGAACGAAUUGGAGACGGAAAACAGGCUUGUAAAUCAGAGACUGCUCGAAGUACAGUCUCAAGUUGAAGAACUGCAAAAAUCUUUACAGGAACAAGGUUCAAAAGCUGAAGAUGCUAUUUCUGUCAUUCUGAAGAAGAAACUUGAUGAACACCUUGAAAAGCUUCACGAAGCUAAUAACGAGCUGCAGAAACAACAUGCUAUCAUUGAAGAUCUAGAGCCUCGCUAUAACAGCAGUUCACUCAAGAUAGAAGAAUUACAAGAAACUUUACGGAAAAAAGACGAAGAAAUGAAACAAAUGGAAGAGCGGUACAAAAAAUACUUGGAAAAGGCCAAAAGCGUUAUCCGUACCUUAGACCCCAAGCAGAACCAGGGUUCAGGACCGGAGAUCCAGGCUCUGAAGAAUCAGCUACAAGAACGGGACAGGAUGUUCCAUUCUUUAGAGAAAGAAUUUGAGAAAACGAAGACUCAAAGAGAAGCGGAAGAAAAAUACAUUGUCAGUGCCUGGUACAACAUGGGAAUGACUCUUCAUAAAAAAGCAGCAGAAGACAGACUUGCUAGUACAGGUUCCGGACAGUCCUUCCUGGCUAGACAAAGGCAAGCCACCAGCACAAGAAGAGCUUAUCCAGGUCACGUCCAGCCAGCGACAGCAAGGUAGAGGAAAGCCUUGCCCUUUUGAUAGGAAGCCAUCCUGGGAUCAAGACCUGCUUCUUUUGCAAGCGACAGCAUUUCAGGAAACCCGGCCAGCAUCCUCUCUGCAUUUUUUUUUCACCCCUUGCUCCUUCGACUAACUUCUAAUUUCAGGAAGGCUUUAAAAGAAAAAAAAACCCUCUCAAAGUGUUUAAUUUUCCUCCACUCUUCUUUUUGUGUUGUUUUGCCUUCUAAUGUGCCAAAACAUCAGAGACACCUAGUGGAGUAUAAUCCUUCAGCCCCUCCUUGCGUAUGGAACUUUUCCUUCUCUUUGUCUCUGCAAACUGGGGAUGACUGGGUAGAAAAACCUAAAAGUUUCCCGUUGGAGCAAAUGUUGUUGUCCUUUCCAGGGCUGCCAUUGUAUAAAAGGGAAUUCUUCUCCCUCCUCCCCACCCCCCGGUACCCUUCUCUAAUUUGUCUGUUUUUCAAUGAUGGGGUGGAAUGGACAACAUUGCUCUGUAGAUUAAUUAUGAAAUGCAUGUGUUUCAAUGGCCUAGAUACAGGCAGAAGCUGGAACCUGGCUGCAAGGUCUCUCUGACCAGGGAGGGAGGAGGUUCAAUAAGUUUCUCUUGCACUGCUGUUAAUUCCUUUCUUCGACUUUAGUUUUAGAGAAGCAGCUUAACUCUCUUUUUUUUUUUGGCUUUCGCUUCUCACUUCCUCUUCCUGCCUCAUCAAGAGCUGAGCGAUCUGAUUAUUUCUCCAUUGGUUAAAAAGAGACACGCCCGUUUUACUGCACAGGACAACACUGUAAAACCAAGACACUCUUAAGCAUGGGGAGAACAGGCCGUCCAUAAGGUUGUUACUAUACUCCUGAAACUAUCUGGAAGUCCGAGGAAGUGGGGCUUUUGGUUCAGCAGACAGCUGCAUCCAACUGAGGCACAGUGCUUUCUGUGUUAAAUCGCCACAAGGAAAGCUAGGAAGUUGUGACCAGCCAAAGAAUGGCCCCUCUUUCUACACUGAAAUAUAUUUAAUUAGUUUUUGGUAAACUGUCUUGAAACAGCCAUCCGUUACAUAUUGUCUGUUUAGUUGAUAGGCCGGUGUAGGGCAGUUCCCCUUUUUUUUGUGCCAAAUCUUAUUGUGGACCUGGGUUAAGUUAUGGAUGCUUGCUCUCCAUCCUAGAAUAAGCAUUUUCCUUUGGAUUCCAGCUCUGCUGAGUCUUUCCAAGGGUUGAGUGAUUCCCUUUUCCUUUAAAUUAAUGUCCCUGAAAUUUGAGAUGGCUCAAUGUCGGACAUCUCCGUCUGGAUUUACUGUUAGAAUAACUUGGGAAGUCUGGUUUAACGUUUGAAUUAUUUAUGAAUGAUCUCUUUUCCAUGCCUGCUUUUCAACAAGAGAAGUUCUCGUUUCACAACCUUCCUUUAAAAAGGUCAACAUGAGUCACAGUAAGUAUUCCAGUAUAGGUUUUGCCCUUUAAAAAAGAGGCAAGAAUUACUUUGACUUGGAAGUGGGUUUUUUUAAAAAAUCACGAUUAAGUUCGAAAGGGUAUUAUUAAUUUUAUUAAUAAAAAACAACACUGCUUUUGAUUUUUUAAAAAAUCUUGUAGAUAUUGGCCCUUUGUGAUAAUAAGCAAGGUAUCUUCCCCAGUAUGCAGAAAAAUAAAAAAAAAUUCUAAGGAUAAUUCUCUUGAAGUAGCAUUUUUUUGUGCUUUAACGGAGACAGCAGAAAAAAACUGAAGUUGUGUGAGUUAAGCAAAAUUAUUUGAUGUCCAUCUUAUUUUAUAACCUGAUUGAAUGUGUUAAGCAGUAACACAUUGCAUAAGAGGCACAGCUGUUCGUCCUAAAAGAUACCACACUUGGCCAUUCUCAGAACUGACCCACAUCUAGUCAUAUAAGAUAUCCACUGUUAUCAAUUUUAACCAUUGGUAUGCUUCACUAUGCAAAACGAUAUUAAAAACCUGAGGGUUUUUUUUCUGUUUAGAAAGAAAUGAAUUAUUGUCUCCAGACCAACAUGCUAAAUAGAUAAAAUCUCAUUUUGUUCUGUUCCUGAAAGAAACUUGAAUACGACCUUUAUAAAUGGACUGACCUGUU